GAGCGGCUCGGGGCGGCCCGGCUGCGCCCGCGGCUUUUGUGGGUGCGGGCGCGGGGCGGGGCGGCGGCGCGGCGGGGCGAGGGCCGCUUUUGUGGCGGCGCGGUGCGGCCCGUGCCAUUCGCCUCCCGCGGUGCCUCGGCGGAGCCGGGAUCCCUUUGUGCUAAUAGCCCCGUCCUCAUUUGCUGCCUAAUUGGACUCCGCCGAGCCAAUAACGAACGGGCGGGCGCUCGCAGCCUCCCGCCGCGGCGGCGCACGUCGCAGGGGGGCCGGGGCCGCGGCGCUGCGGGCAGGGGCUGCGCGGAGCCUUCUCCUCCCGGCCGCCUCCCCGCCUAAUCCCAUUUGCCAUUGUGCGUGCCCAAUCGCCGCGUGCUCCCCGCGUUUAACUUGGAUGACAUUUUGAUUUCAUCAUUAGCAUCCGGCGCCGGGUUGACGCAGCAGCGAGCGGCGGCGGCAGCGAGGAGCGCGGCUCUCCCUCCGCCUGCCCGCGGCAGCGCCCGGUGCCGCGCGGCUCCCCUCGGCCCCCCGCGCUGCCGCCCCCCCAUGCGAGGGGCCCCCGGCCGGGCCCGCCGCGCUCCCCCGCCGCGCCGCCGCCGCGCCUCUCCCCCGCGCCGCCGGGAGCCGCCACCCGCGGCGGGCAGGAAGCGGGCGGGCAGCGGAGGAUGCCGGAGACCGGGCAGGAGCCGCCCAGCGCCCCGCCGCCGCCGCCCCCUCCCAAGGAGUCCUUCUACAUCAAGAACCUGCUCAACGGAGACCCCCCCAAAGCGGCCCCCAAGCAGCCGAGGGCUCUGUUCGCCCCUUCGGGCAAAGCGGACGGCUCCGGCUUCGCCCUCUCGCAGGUGGGAGAUCUCUCCUUUCCCCGCUUCGAGAUCCCGGCGCCGCGCUUCGCUCUGAGCGCGCACUGCCUGGAGCGAGCCCAGACCUGGUGGUACCCCUACGCGCUGACGCCGGCCGGAGCCCACCUGCCCCGCACCGAAGCCGCGGAGAAAUCCCUCCUGCGGGACUCGUCCCCCGCGUCGGGCACCGACAGGGACUCCCCGGAGCCGCUGCUCCAGGGGGGGGACGCGGAACAGAAGGAGCGGGACCCCAAGAGCCCCGCCGAGAUCGUGCUGGAGGAGAGCGACUCGGAGGAGGGGAAGAAGGAGGGCGGCGCGGAGGACUGGAAGAAGCGGGAGGAGAGCCCCGAGAAGAAGCCGUGCCGCAAGAAGAAGACGCGCACGGUGUUCAGCCGCAGCCAGGUCUUCCAGCUCGAGUCCACCUUCGACAUGAAGCGCUACCUGAGCAGCUCGGAGCGGGCCGGCCUGGCCGCUUCGCUGCACCUCACAGAGACCCAGGUGAAGAUCUGGUUCCAGAACCGCCGCAACAAGUGGAAGCGGCAGCUGGCGGCCGAGCUGGAGGCGGCCAACCUCAGCCACGCGGCCGCGCAGCGCAUCGUGCGCGUCCCCAUCCUCUACCACGAGAACUCGGGCGCGGAGAGCAGCGCGGCGGGAGGCGGCGGCCCCGGCCCGCAGCCUCUGCUCACCUUCCCCCACCCCGUUUAUUACUCCCACCCCGUGGUCACCUCCGUACCGCUCCUGCGGCCCGUCUGAGCCCCGCGCGGAGCGGCGCGGAGCCGCCCCGUUCCUUCGGAGAAAACAACACCAAAACAACAGCGAUGCCAAACAACCACCGGAGCGGGAGGAGGGGCUCCCACGGGCGGGUGGGGGCGGCUCUGCGGGGCCCCGCGGUGAGUCCGGCCCCGACGUGUCCCGGCCCGGG